UUUUCACAAACCAUAAAAGUAAUAUAAUUUAUUCCAUUUUAAUUAGUGUUAUAUAAUUUACAUGAAAAAUCUACAAAGAAAUGCUCAAAUUCAGACAAUUUAUUUAUGCCAUACUAUCAACAAUUUCUAUAGUCAUCUUCAUUUUCUUGAUUUCCUUCACAACCCAAUACAAAACUAUUAUAACCACUCCCCCUAAAAAAGACUCAUCUAAUCAUCAAUUCACCCUCUUAAUCGGAAUCCUCACGAAACCCGACAAAUACGAGCUCCGCCACUUCCUCCGCCUAAUCUACGCCGCCCAAUCACCGCCCUCCCCACCCGCCAAAAUCGACAUCAAAUUCGUCCUAUGCAACCUCACGAAACCCGAGCAAAGAAUCUUCAUAUCACUCGAAAUCAAACGCUUCGAUGACAUCAUCAUCCUCGACUGUCUCGAAAACAUGAACAACGGGAAAACCUACACGUACUUCUCCUCCCUCCCGGAAAUUCUUCCCGCCAAAUACGACUACGUAAUGAAAGCGGACGACGAUUUAUUCCUAAGGCUUAAACCCUUGGCUUCGUCUCUAGAGGCAUUGCCUAGACAAGACAUGUACUACGGUUUUGUGAUACCGUGUAAUAGCAUGAAUCCGUUUAAGCACUACAUGUCCGGUAUGGGGUUUGUGCUGUCGUGGGACCUAGUUGAGUGGAUCGGCGAGUCGGUAAUCCCGGUUAAUAAUACGUUUGGACCGGAGGAUAAGCUUGUGGGCCAGUGGUUGGAUGGCGGGAAAAAGGCGAAGAAUAGGUUUUCGAAUAAACCGGCUAUGUACGACUAUCCUGGGACUAACGGGAGAUGCUCGCAUGAUUUGAUACCCGACACAAUCGGUGUUCAUCGAGUGAAGAGGUGGGAUCAAUGGUUUCGUGUUCUUGAUUUCUUUAACGUGACUAAAGAUAUUAAGCCCUCCAGGCUCUAUACAUUAUAA